GCUAACGAGGAUGAAAGCGUUGUCGAGCGCGUGGAGUGGAAGUACCCGUAAAGUGCUGGUUUAGGUUUUUACUGACUGCUGUAUACUGUUAGUGGUUUAGUCCUUAUUUACAACACUUGGACAUGUUUUUUUCAAACAGCUCUCAGAUAAACACCACACUGCCGACUGAAGACUGGACAUCUGUGUACUCGGCAGUCCGGUGGAUUCAAAUGUCAAUGGCACUUCUAAGUAUUCUAGGCUCUGGCUCCAUCAUUUUUUACAUUGUUCUCCAAAGACAUGUCAGAACUUAUGAGGUACAACCUCUGUUUCUUUUGAGCUUAAUGGACCUGCUGUUAGCUGUGAGCUGGUUGAGUGGUGCUGUCCUCUUCAGCAACUCCUGUGACUCCCAUGCUACCUGUUACAACCUUCACACUGUGGAGCAGGCUCUUUUCAUGGCUUCCUUUUUCUAUACACUCCACUAUGUAUGGGUGCUCUACACUGGUUUGAAGGAGAAGUAUUCUUGCAGACUGAAUGGUUUCCCAGCUCAGCAUCCAACCCAGGCAAACCUGUGCAGUCAACUGGCAGCAGUGAUGUCCUGUGUUUUGCCACUGAUGCUCACAGUGCCAGUGUUCAUAACAGGAAAUGUGUCUCACUGUUAUGUAAACUUUACCCAGCCCUAUAGGUGCCUUUUGUUACAUACCGGUGCUCUCUACCAAACCUCACAGGAGAGUGAGAUACUCAUGGCUUGUAAGAUCAUCAGUGACUACACCAUCGAUAUCUUCCUAAUAACCUUCUUUGUCACUCUUACUGGGAUUGUGGUGCUAAUGGUAAAAGUUCGCUCCUUGUACAAACGCUGUGUUACUUCUCAUGGUUUCUUUGCUGAUCGUCAGUGGGCCACACUUCGUGUACUGGAACAGCGCAUGUUCCUCUACCCAUCUGUAUUCUUUUUCUGCUGGGGACCAGCAAUUUUCCUGGCCACCAUGAUGUUAUUCAAACCAGAGGAAGUGGAAGGAAGGGUGGGAGUUAUCUUGUACAUUCUACAGGCUUUCACCUCUGGCUCUCAGGGUCUCUUGAACUGUCUGGUGUAUGGCUGGACCCAGCAGCACUUCCGCACCCUAAGCAGUGGCACUGUGCAGGAUGCUAAUACCCAAACACCGUUGUUGCGCUCCCAGAAGCAAACUUACAACACCCUCUGCUCAUCCAGCACAAGCAUGCAACAUGUUUGAAGGAUGCAAAAAGAAAAAUACUUGUCAUAGCCAAACCUAUAGGCUUCACUGCCUUAUGACUUCUCCUGAGGGAUUUAGUUAUUUGUGUGACACUUGCAAAAGAAAAGGCUGGACAUCCAUGUGUGAAGUGCAUCUUUGAAGAGGAGGGUUG